CAAACUCCAUUUUGUGUUCUACUCGCUGGUAAUUCCUUGGCUUGGUUGUCUACCAAUUUGUUAGGAAUUUAAUUUGCGUAUAUAAUAUACGCGUCCGAGUUAAACAGUUAGUGCGGUUAUAAAUAUUUAGAGUUAAUAGUAUUUCUUAUAUUUGAGAAGUGUUAAAUAAGUGUUAAUUCACAAAUUGCAGUAAAUCGAUUUUACAACUAUGGGGGAAUCCAAAGAGAAUAUAUGUCGAUUGUGUUUAAACAUUGAGGAUAGUAAUUUUACUAAACUAGAUGCUUCUGCUAUUGGAAAAAUAAAAGCAAUUGUUCCAGAAUUGAUUCUGAAUUUUCCAAAUGAUUUCGUUAUAUGUUCAAAGUGCAGAAAUGUACUGGAAAAAUCGUUUGAUUUAAAAAGGAUGGUUUCAAAAAAUAACGAAUUGAUUCAAAAUGAAAGAGACAAGUCGAAGUCUAAUAAAGUCAAUUUACAUAACAUUGUUAAAAGUGGCAACUCUAAAUCUUGUCGAGACAUUUGCAGAAUUUGCUUACAACCCAUCGAAGGUAAAUUCGUAUAUAUAAAUAAAGACGUUGAUGAUGAUUUCAGCAAUGUUUUGGACUAUUGUAUUCCCGAGUUGGACGAAACUCUAAGUUUAAAGCCAGCGGUCUGUUCUACAUGUCAAAUUUUGUUGUAUAAACUGUACAACUACAAAAAGGAUUGGUUGUCAGUAGAAGAAAGAAUACAAACUUCCCCUGAUUGUGUAACUGACAAAGGCGUUGAUCUGAACAAAAUUUUGAUGUUAAACAGAACAGAGGAAGAAAAUGAUUUCUUAUCAGGAUUUGAAGUGAAGGAUGAAGACGAAACUGAUAUUUUUGAUGAAAUUCCCAAUAUCCGGGAAGAAAGUAGCAAACGCCCAAUUUCUGAGGUUGUUAAAGAAGAAGAGACGCCACCAAUAAAGAAGCAAAAAUUAAUGAUUGGAAAUAUCAAUGAUGAGGAAUUGCCACACUUCCAUUUCAAUAACAACCUGCUGUACAAUCCCAACAAAACGGACAUCGUGGAAGACUGGUUGGCUCAAGUGGAGGAGUACAAACAGAAAUUCAACUGGUCCGAUUACACCACCAUCCACAAGGUCCUCGUCAAAUUGAAGGAUCUGAAGGAGUUGUACAUCUGGUUCAGCAACAUUGCCGAUAUAAUGGACUGGAAACAGUGGAAAACGAAAUUGACACGUGCUUUCCCGCGUAGAAAUGACUACCAUAUAUAUCUCAAGAAGCUGAUCACCCGUAGAAAAAAGAAGGAGGAGACCUACGUCGCCUAUUACAAUGACAAACUUAAGUUGAUGGAACCGUUGAACCUAACUGCUGAGCAGAAAAUUUCCUGUAUAUUUGGCGGCAUAACAGACAUCCUGGUGUGUUGCGUUGGAAGGGUAGGUGACUACAAGAGCCCCGAAGAAUUACUUGACUACUUUAAAUCUUGCGAUGAUAAAGAAACUGUCGAGGCAGCUGCCCAGAUAAACAAGGAGGCCCUCAAGCCUGUCCCGAGAUCUCAAAGACUCAGAGCGAGAGGACAAAUUAAACCCGUUACAAAUCUUGUUCCUGUUCCGAAGGAUAAAAGCAAUAUCCACACAAAAUGUGGUGAUUGCCAUAGGUACGGGCAUUCAGUUAUCGAAUGCCGUCAGUACAAAAUCGGCGAGCAUUUGGAUAAAGUCGACAAGCUGAAACCACAAAACAAUCCCAGGGCGAGCGAUGCUAGGGCAAGAAAACCAAAGAAAAUGAAACCUAAUGUGGACUGCUUCUUAUGUGGACAACCAGGACAUUUUCAGAAUGCUUGUAAGUUAUACGUACCAUUGAACACUCCUAAGGCACCGCAGAAGAAGCAGUCUCCCAAAAAGCCAAAGGAGCGCUUUGAGGAAAGAUGCUCUUUUUGUCGUAAAGAGGGACACACAAUCGACAACUGUUGGUCGCACAAACGCGGAAAACCUAACUCUCCCCGAAUCCCGAAACAGAACAAAAACGUGGACAGCACCUAUUCCCGAUGCAGUGGUUGUGGGCAAUUCGGGAGUAUCACAAAUCCUUGCUGUCCCGCCAGUAUCGAUAAAUAUCUUGGCGCUUAUAUUCCAGAAAACAAUGAUUUCAAUCAAAUAUGCUUAAGAUGUUACAAACCAGGCCAUCUUACAAAAGAUUGUGACCAGUUUUCCCGUAGAUCAUACAGGAACUAGAAGGGAAAAUCAAGUCUUGAGUCACAAAACUACAAUGGAAUUUUGGAUUUCUGAGGAAUGAAUAUAUCACAUCUCUAUGUUAUAAUCUAAAUGUUAUUGGGACGUAUUAAUGGUAGUUGUAUAAGUUAAUAACAAUAAAGUAAUUGUGUCCAAAUAUA